UAGUGGAAAACUUUGAUUUGACAGUGAAAUAUACGAUGAAUGAUACAAUCCAAUAGUGAAAAAUAUUGAUACUCGAUAAACUAUCACCAAAUAUAUAUAACUACUACUAAAGUGGGCUUGAAAUUCAUGAACCUUAAAAUAGCCCAAUCUGAAUAAAAGAAAUGGUUUAAACUAAAAAUGAAGUUUUAACCCAAAAAAAAACUAAAUAAGAAGUUUAGUUUUUUUCUUUUCAAAACAAUGAAAAACAACACACCAACAGCAAAUCAUCAUAGUCAACAUCACAUGCUCAACACCUCACACCACACACUCGAAAACACUAGACACACAAAGAGACUCUUAUGCACAAGAAAACAACUCAGCCAUGUGGGGGACCCACAUUUCCACCACCACCACCGCAUCAAAAACUAAUUCACCCCAAAAACGACGUCGUUUUCCCUCCAAUCCUCCAACCGUACCAAAUCCCACAUGAUCCCCAACGCCACCGCUUCGCCAGCGCAAUCUCUCCGCCGCCUUUCACAUUAACCUCAGUCAUCUCCGCCGCCGUUUCCUGGCUACGAAACCGACGGAUCCGUUACCUCUUCCUCCUCCUCUGUUCCCCGCUCCUCCUUGUCUUCCUUCUCGUCGCCUUCCCUUUCCUCUGCGCCACCGAACUCUGCCUCCGACGUCGUCUCUGGAGGAAACUUCUUUACGGUUUCUCCGGUGAAGAUUCCGGCGAUCGGCUCCGGCGGUGCGAGGAGGGGUGUUGCCAGUUGGAAGACCAAAAUGAAGAGGAGAAGGGAUUGUUGCAUAGAUAUUUGGAGGAUCAACUUUUUCUCGUUCGAUCGAUGUAUGAAUGUGGUGAUGAUGAAGAACAAGAAGAAUUUGAUGAAGAAGAUUCUAGAAGGGUUGAACAAAACCUAGAUUGUAGUAAAGUUCCUUUGUUGUUAAGAUGAUAAUAUUUAAUUUAAUUUUAUCAUUACAAGUUUGUGUAAAAUGUAAAUAGAUAUUUUAUUUUGGUUAUUAAUUUUCUUGUUUUCCUGUUUAUAGAUGAAAGAAAUUGUGUUGAGGUUUCAUCGGUAGUGGUUGUAGUUGCAACUCAGUUCAUAACUUUCUUUUUGUGAUAUUUUAA